CUUGCAAAUUGUGAUAUUUUAUACUAGAUCUUUUCUUCUGUAAAAGACAUGGGAGCUAAAUCACUUUUCUCUGCUCUAGGAAGACUAGAAGGAAAGGUAGCAUUGAUCACUGGUGGUGCUAGCGGCAUCGGCAAAUGCACCGCAGAACUAUUCAGUCAACACGGUGCAAAAGUUGUGAUAGCGGACGUCCAAGACGAAUUAGGCCAAUCAGUUUGCAAGGGAAUUGGUCCUGCAACAUCGGCUUCGUAUGUCCACUGUGAUGUCACGGAUGAACUUCAAGUUCAAAAUGCUGUUGACACUACGGUGGCGAAAUAUGGAAAGCUUGAUAUCAUGUUCAAUAAUGCAGGAAUUGUAGAUGACCCCAAAGCUCGAAUCAUUGACAAUGAGAAAUCAGACUUUGAACGGGUCUUGAAAGUGAAUGUUACCGGUGUAUUCUUAGGAACCAAACAUGCUGCCCGUGUCAUGAUUCCAGCGCGUCAAGGUAGCAUAAUUUCAACUGCUAGUGUUAGUUCCGUUAUUGGGGCUGCCGCUUCUCAUGCCUAUGCGUGUUCCAAGCAUGCUGUAUUAGGAUUAACAAAGAAUGCAGCUGUUGAGCUAGGACAGUUUGGGAUAAGGGUUAAUUGCAUGUCUCCCUAUGCGUUAGCAACACCUUUAGCUAAGAGUUUUAUCAAAAUGGAGGAUAAAGAUCUGGAACAACUUAUGCAUACAUUAGGAAACCUCAAGGGGGUCAUUCUCACGGCAGAUGAUGUAGCCAAUGCUGCACUUUAUUUAGGCAGCGAUGAUUCGAAGUAUGUGAGUGGGCAUAACAUGAUCAUUGAUGGAGGAUUUACUGUUGCUAAUCCGUCUUUCGGCAUGUUUAAGUAUCCUGAAUCGUCUAAAUAAUUCUG